AUGUUGUCCAGAGUCGGUCUUAGAGGUGUCAACAGAUUGAUUCCUAGAGUGGUAUAUACUCUAAGAACAAUAAAUUCUUCUGCUAUACGUAGAACUGAAGAUGUUCCUUGGUAUUUAAGAGAGAGUGAAAAGGUUUUGGAGAAAGUUGAAAGACCACCCAUUCCCGAAAUACCUAAUAAUGCUCCUCCAUCAGUUGAAAAAUUCCUUCUUUUAUUAUCAGAAGAAUAUGGUUUGGAAGAUAUAAAGUUAUUUGAUUUGGCUGAGUUAGAUGAUGAUCAUCCUAAUCAUAUUUCAAAUCAACCUAUUCGUUAUAUGAUAGUUUCCACAGGUAAAUCUGAUAAACAUGUAUUUAAAGCAGGUAACGAAUUGAAACAUUACAUUAAACAUGAAUUCAAGAAACAUUCCAACAUCGAAGGUUUAGUAUCAUCGACUAUAAAACCAGUAAUAAGAAGAAGAAUGCUCAGAAGAGCAAAUAAAGGACCUUCAGCAACUGAUAAUAUUUAUGGAAGAGCUGCUAACUCUUGGAUAAUGUGUAGAACUGAUGUUGAUGAUAUUAACAUCCACAUCCUUACGAAGGAGAGAAGAGAAGAGUUGGACUUGGAAAGUUUAUGGAUCAAUGAAAGAAAAGAUGAUUUGUAUACCAAAGAAUUAGAUUCUACAGAUACUGAUUAUAUGAAUGAAGUUUAUGCUGGUAAAAACAUGCCAGAUUUCUUCUUACAGAGAAGAGGUUUCCACACAACUGCUAGAGAGUUUAACAUAACCAACACCUACCAGAAAUUAAUGGAUUCUGAAAUCGGGAGUAUUGAAGAAUCAGAAACAACCAAGUUAAUGGAAGAAUUCGAAACAGCCUUCAAAACUAUAGAACCAACCCUUAAUGAUUAUAAUCUCAAAACACAAUUCUAUGGAGCUUUACAUUUGAUAAAUCCCAAAAUUACCUUAGAUCAAGUAUCGUCGGUCAUCAAAGAAAAGUACAAUGAUCUUUCUGUAGCUAUAGAGAUGAAUGAAAACGAGAGAACUUCAGAUAUGAUGACAUUCAUGAAAAUACUUUCUGAUUCCGAUACUGAACCUUCAAUCAAAUAUGACUUAUUGUCAUCAUUUGCUCAAGAUAUUUACAGAUUUUCAGGUGAAUCCAUUGAUAUUCCUCAAUUAAUUCCACUUUUAUUCUCAUUGAGUUCCACAGGUACAAACAUCUCCCCUUCAAUAAUCGAUGCUACCAUCUACAACGAUUUUGAUUACUAUAACGAAACAUUCCCCCAAACUGAGUUAUCUGGUACAGGGAUGAGAAACACUACUUCAUUCUUACAAAACUAUCUUCAACUUCAUAAUAGUAUGUUCACAAGACCUAUGAAAGAAACUAUAAUGUUCAAUUAUGGUAAUGCAGGUCAAUGGGAUAGAUUUUGGAAUGAAUGGGAUGUUUCUUUAUCACUACUUGAGAAUGAAGUUCAGCUCAAACAUUGGGUUCGUCUUCUUGUAUACCUUGCUAUAAGGAAAGACAUUGAAGGUAUAAAUCGAUUAUUCAAUAAUUAUUGGGACACCACUACAUCUGUUUCAUUACCCUUCAUACAAUCCUUCAACAUUCACUCCCAACAACUCACACCUGAAGAGUUUUCACAUUUAAAGCUUUCUCUAGCUAAAUUUGUUGAUAUUCCUGGGUUCUCCCACACUGAUAAAAUUUCCCAAUUUGUAAAUAGUUUAUAA